GGUGAUCAAUGGUCACGGGACUGGAAACGAGCUGAGUGGGCGACAUGAAACGAAUCAACGGGCUGGUGGUGAAAGCACAAGGUUUAUCACGACGUAUGAAGAAGCUCGCGAAGUUCUUCGUUCUGAUAAGCACGCAGAAUUUCCAGGCAGCGAUGGUGUGGUGAUAAAUGGCCAGGAGACUGGAAAAGAGCUUAGUGGGAGGACUGAAGAGAAGCAAGAGGCUAGUGCUAAGAGAACGAGGUUUAUCACGACGUAUGAACAAGCUUGCGAAGUUCUUCGGUCCGAUAAGCACGCGGAGGAAACUCGCCAACUACAUCGUCACUCUCUCAGACUUCGUCCUCGCCACAGCGUGCGCCGAGCUCACAUACUCCACAAACAAGAGCCAGCAAUGAAAAUCUUUCGAGCGCUGAAGUUGCUGCUACACAACAUAUCUGGAAGAAGGACGAAGUGCUGCGGUGCAUUCUGCUCAAGGCCCAGGAGAACGAGCGAAGAGGAAAACCUUUGUUCCAUGGCAUGCCUCCUGACUCGAAAGAUAUUCUUUUCAACGGACUGGAAACGGAGCUGGGGAGUGAAGCUGAACCGAUCAAGGCCUGGAUAAUGGAGCGCAUUUCUUCCGAUGCACAAAAAAAACAGAAAAAAUCUCAGGAGCAAGAGACUGACGAUUCUUUACCGACGAUUCCCGGGAGAAAGAAAUCUGAGUGGCAACCGGAUUGUAAUCCGCAAAAGACAGUCGUAACGGGCAGCAGUAGCGGCGCCGUGAAGCGUAAGCCAGCGAGCACCGAUCAACCAGACCUGAAGAAAACGAAGCAGCAAAGUAACAAGAAGAAAGUGUGGCCGAAAGAGAUACAGCGGAGAUAUGACACGGAGACGGAUCCUAAAGUGCGAAGGCUUCUGAAGGAGAUUGGAAAGGACUUGGACGAAUGGUUAACCGAAGAGGAGGUGGAAGAAACGCUGAGACUCUUUUUCCAGGGACCUGACGGGCAGCGUGAGCUCUUACGUCGCUGGCACGCGGAGCUGAAAGAAGAGGCGAGGAAGCAGGGUGAAACUCUUGGCGACGAGGAGAUGAAACGCUUUGAGAAGAUGCAAGAGAAGUAUAAAACGCAGUCACUACAAAGUCUGGCCAGCAAGUACCGCGAUUCAAAACCUUUCAAGGCGGAUACUCUCUGGUGGCAUCAGUUGCGAUAUGUUGCGUGUAUAAUGCUGCAGAAUGAGGAGCAGAAAGUUUCUCCUGGUCUCUAUUCUAUGAACAUGGCGUUGGAAGGCGAUUCCAGAGAGAAGCUACAUGUGGUUGGAUUCGAAGAUCAUAACGAGGCACUCAACUUUUGCCGCACUCUUGUACCUGAGAUCAACAAGCUUGGAGGAGCCACUGGUGCUCGAGUGAUUCCAUUCGAACCAAAGGAACUCCUUCGCGAAGCAAGCGAGUCUGGAUUCCAAGUGACAGUGCUCAAGAAGGGCCAUGUUGAAAACUACGCAGGAAAACCGCUUGAAGAGGUAGAGUAUAGAAUUCUCGAGAUUGGGAGGGAUGUUUACGUGCAGGAGAAGCUCCGGGAAAGAUCCAUUGACGUGAAGUCGAUGAUGAAAGACCUUUGGAGCGACGAUUUUUAAAACAAAUGUAAGCUUUUACUGAGAGAUCUUUGUACUAUUUAGUGACAAGUGGUCAAUGUAAAGUAAUGAGCUUUCGUGAGCUCGUGUAACUC